AUGACACAAAUUCGGGAAACAAUUGAAGCACUUUGCAACGUCCUAAGCAACCAUUCCACUACACAGGUCUCUGCAGAGAGUUUUCGCUUGGCCAAGUUCGAUAAAGAUGAAGCAACAGAGUCGCUAUGGCUGACACUUCGGACAGUUCUUCCUGUGGACGAUUUAGAACCCGAAUCUAUCAGAAGAGAUAACAUAGUGAGUUUCUGUAAGCAUAAGCUGUUUCACAAAGGAUAUCGAGUGAAGAAAUUUUACCAGCUCCCAGAAGAUAUGUCUUGUGGCAGCAGGGAAUUGAUGUUAGCUCUAGGCUGGUUAAUUGCGAAGGAAGAUGUCAUGUCUGCCUCACUGACAAAGCUGGAGCCGGUGGUUUUUGAGGAUCCUCCGUUGGACUCGUCUUCGUAUGAAAAGAUUCCCUUACCUAGAGGACUAGAUGCUCUUUCAGAACUGAAAAAUAAAAAAGAUCAUAACAACGCCAUUGAUCUUGCUGAAAGUUUAAUUUUCAGGUACAACAAAUUACACUCUUCGUUGAAAAGCCUUUUGGGUGCAAAGAAUGAACACGUAAAAGUUAUCUGCAAGUUACAUUCAAUACCAAAAAGCUCCAAGUCUCAAAGUUCUGGCCAUUUUUCAUCACAAGAUAUCUACUUUUUGCGUUACCCAAAUGAACUUGAAAAAUAUCACGAGAAGCUUGAAUGGUUUUGUGGCUAUGCAAAGGCUCUUAUUUGCUGGUCUUUAAAUGAGCUUACAUUCUGGAAAUGGAUGGAGACUGUAUUAGAUGGAAAAAUAUCAGAUGAGGGAGCAAAGGACACUGAUGUACAGAGUGAUGAUAUUCGACUACAACAGCAGUUUUCACCAAGCAGUGAUUUGCAACUUGCCAAAGGGCAUCAAGUAACACUUUCCCAAAUCUUGCAUGCUCAAGAACCAACCUACAGGAAAGUUUCUAAAACAUGGAAGAAGAUCAAAGCAAGUCUUCAAUCUUGUGAGGAAGGACGAGCUAAUUUAGCAGAUGCAUUAUCUUUGCUUGAUAGUAAACUUUUGUCAGAAAUAAGAGAACUUCAGAAAUAUUCAUUGAAGUGUCAGAAGAAACCUAAAGCCAGAGGUUCUGUUUGUUUGAGAAAAUUAACUCAAGGAGAAUCCAAUAAGGCAUCAAGGACAACCAAAGAAACUGCAAACACCUCCAUGGCAUCAGAUGAAAUAUCAAGGUUGCGACAAGAAAAAAAGGCACUUCAAAAUGAACUCAGAAGCUUAGAGGAAGUACACAAGGAAAAGAUGUUGCAAAUUUGCCAGGUUCGGCAAGAUCUUGUCUGUAUUUCCCCAGGUAUGACAACUAAUAUUAUGUAA